GGAUGGGAGUGGAUUCUCCGAGAAGGAACCCAUCAUCCAUCGGUUCUCGUUCCGCCGCCACCACCCGCUCGAUGCCAACUGGAUCGUGCAGACUCCCAUUUCAAAAUUCAAAAUUCCAAUCGCCCCCGCAACGGCCGCGCCGCCGUCGCGAGAGGCCGCCAUAUAAACCUGCCCCCGGCACCACUCCGAUCCGUCUCCCCCUCCGCCGCCGUCGCGUCCCGUCCCAUCCCCUUCCUCCCGACGCGCCACCGUCUCCCGUUCGCCGGAGCCAUGACGAGGGGCGGCGACAUGAAGUCCUUCUUCCGGCAGCAGAAGGCGCACACCGCCGCCACCAAGCCCACCGGCGGCUUCUCCAAGAAGACGGCGGCGGCGCGCCACCACCAGAAGGCCGCGCCCGCGCUCCACGUCCAGCCGGCCUCAGAUCACGGCGCCGGCGCCGACGAGAGGAGGCGCCAGCAGGAGGCGGAGGAGCGGGAGCGGGCGGCCCGGGAGUUCGACAUGGACAUGCGCUACGGGCCCUGCCUCGGCCUUACCCGCGCCCAGCGCCUGCGCCGUGCCGCCGCGCUCGGGCUCGCCCCGCCGCCGGCGCUCCUCGCGCUCUGCGCCGACGACCAGCCCUGCCUCUGGGAGGGACGCGUCUAGACUCCAUGUUCGACCCCAGCACCAGCUUGUGUUAUUGUGUUAAGCAAGCAGCAACCGCGUUCCAUCCGUUCUCUGCUUCCGUCUACCGCACCUCGUGGUAGCACUAGCAGUACCAUCUGUAGUAGGGGCGAUGUGUUAUCUACUCAAGACUUCUGUGAACCUGUGGUGACAUGCCAUGGCAGGAGAUGUGUUACGUCGCAUAUCUUCCUUGUCCUGUGUGUUAAUGUGAUCAGAACAGAAAUGGCAAUGUCUACCUCGUGUUCUUGUUGUAGCAAUAGCAACACAGCAUCUCUCU